AUGGCGGCUGUCAAUAUGUACUUUGCUCGGCCUGUGGGAAUUGCAGAACCCGCCAAACUGACGGCGGUCAACGCACUCUGUAAACUAGUACGAUACGUGGGGGCGUGGUCAGAACAACUUCAUAUUUCCACGGAAUAUCAGGUCCAACGUAUUACUCAAGGGGCGUUGGCGAAAUUCGCCAAAAAUCACUUGUCACGGGAAAUCACCGACCAGAUUGUUACAGAUACUAUGUUUGACGGUAUCAAUGUUCGUAUAUAUGAACCGAGGGCGAGUCAAUACGACAUGCUUCCGGCACUUGUAUUUAUACACGGUGGAGGGUGGGCAACACUCAGUGUAGAGGACUACGAUGAAGUGACAAGAGAUAUAGCUGAUCUGAUGGGUCAAGUAGUUCUUAUUUCAAUCGAUUACAACCUCGCUCCAGAACACAUCUUUCCAGGUCCUGUGAACGAUUGCUACAAGGCAACAAAAUGGCUGCUCCAACAUGCAGCCGAUUAUGGAAUUGACGAAAACAGAAUUGGCAUUUCCGGUGACAGCGCCGGUGGGAACUUGGCUGCAUCGGUUGUUUUGCGAUUAAAGGUCGAUAAAGUCACCCCGAAACUGGCAUUCCAGGUACUGGUUUACCCAGCAUUACAGUCCAUCGAUUUCACCCUGCCUUCGUAUCAACAAAACAAAUACGCUUUUGAUGGACUGAUCACAACUUCGUAUAUGCCGUAUUAUUGGUUGAUAUACGCAAUAGGUGAAGCUCCCAGAAACUUGACGGACGCCAUGUUGAAAAAACAGGCCGUGUCAGAGUUGAGACGAUUAAAGAACGGCCGCCUUGCGAAUUAUAUCAACCACUCCCUGCUUCCAGAAACAUAUAAGAGUAGAGGGUAUGACCCAAACAUGCACACAAACAUCAAGAAAUCUGUUAAAGAAAUUCCAAAUAAUAUUUUACGGAUUUUCGUUGAUCCGUACUUCGCGCCACUUUUAGCAGAAGAUCUCAGCGGACUUCCCGAGACCUAUAUAAUAACUGCUGAAUUUGAUGUACUUCGGGAUGACGGGAUACUUUAUUAUGAGAGACUGAAGGAAGCUGGCGUCCAAGUGACACUCAACAAUGUCGUAAGCGGUUUCCAUGGGAUGCUGAACAUGGCCCAGGAAAUCGGCGGAUUUGAAGUUGGCAUACAGCUUAAAAAAGAUAUUGCAAAUUUUGCCAGGUUGAGAUUUUAUCCCGAGUAG